GCCGCCGCAGCCCAAGCGGGCCCGCAAGACCGAGGCAGCGGACUUCUCCGGCGCCCAGUUCAAGUCCAUGUUGCGCGAGCCCAGCACCGCUAUGAAGGGUUUGGAAACAUUCAUAUCCAUAGCUAAAUUGUUACCAUCAGCAGAACAAUGUGAUGUUGUGGAAGGAUACAUAAAAAUUUCUGUUGAGUGUGCAGAAAUUUUAAAACUUCUAGAUGGUGAAAGGAGGCCAGAAAGUGAGAUGCUGCUCAUCUUUCAAGCUCUGGAAAGCAUUCUGCUGCGAACAGCAAGUGAUCUUUUCCAUUUUCAUGUUGUUGGGAUGAACAUCGUAAAGAAGCUGAUCAACAGCUAUAUGAAAUUAAUUUAUGCUGCUCUAUAUUCUGAAAAUCAUAGAAUGUCUCGUCUGUGCCUCACCUUGCUAUCAUCAAUGGUGACACAGGGGCCAGAUGCUGCAAGGGAUGUCUACAGCCACUUUGAUUUUAAUAAUAAGUUCUUGUCUGGGUUAGUAAAAAAGAGAGAUUAUAAGGGCAAGCCCGAUAUCCGUAUGGCAUACAUACAGUAUGCUCUCUCCUUCUUAAUUACUGGUGAUGACAUGACCCUUGGACACAUUCUCGAGUUAAAAGAUUUCAUUCCCGAUAUUUUUAGAACUGGAUUGAAGGAAGAUAGAAUUUCUACAAUUAGCCUUCUACUUUCCACAUUGACAGCGAAGGUGGUUCACAACAGAAGUAUCAGUAAGACCCAGAAGGUGCGCUUUUUUACUGUAGAUGCGUUGAGCCACAUUGCUUCACUCUAUUGCUGGAAUGGCAUCACUGAUGUCAGCACUGAAGAUGUUAAGGCUACCCAGGACCCUGAAGAGGCAGGGAAGAUUAUAGUAAGGGAAUUGGUUCAUAACUUUUUAAUGGACCUCUGUUGUUCUCUGAAACAUGGCAUUAACUUCUAUGAUCCAAGUCUUGGCACAGCAGGCAGAGGAGGAAAUUUGGUGCUUCUGCGCUUUCUCCUGCGUUUAAAGACUGCUGUGGAAGAUGAGAUGGUUGCUGACCUUAUGGUGAACAUUUUCAAAGUAUGCCCAGAUUUACUGAACAGAUUCUUUAAGGAAUCUCAGUAUUCUUUUGUUCCCAGACUGAAAUCAGCUUGGCUGGACAAUAUGAAAUUGUUAAGGAAGAUCUAUGAGGCUCAGCCAGAGGUUUCCAACUGUUUUAAAACUGCAGAGUUUAUUCCACUUCCGAAGUUGCUUUCCAUGGUGAUGGUGACAACCAUUCCAGCAGUAUGCAAUAAAGCAAUGUUCACCCAGGGAUUAAAUAUAGCCAGUAAAACAGUGAAACAUACAAUCUUUUCACUUCUGUCAAUAAUCUUGAAAAGAACACUGAAAAACAUUGAACAUUGUCUGAAUGAGAAGAUAUGGGAGAAGUCUGAAGUCUACACUUCAUCUAUGAUGCAGGAAUUUGUUCAGCAUUACAGGGAAGCGCUGAGCAAGCUUUUACCAGAUAUGACUAACAUAAUAGCAGUCUGGCAGUCACUUCUAAAGCAAGAGAAGGAACAGGAUGGACAGAGAAGGGAAGAAGAUCCUGCUUCCAUGGUGGAGGAAAUUACUGAGGUUGUAGACCAUGGUUCAGAUGAUGCAGAGACCACUCUUUUGAAAGCUGUAUUACUUCAUGUUAUAUGUCUCUAUCAGCAAGUUGUUCCUCACUUGGUGGCACAAAGCAACUUUGAUUUUAGUAAAUUAAUCAAAGGUAUUAUUACAGAAAAAGGACUGCGGCAGGAGAUUCCUCCUGUUCUACAGCAUCAUAUUCUAAAGGUAGCUCUGGUGUUGCCUGCAAAUAAGUUUUCCUGGUUUAAAGUACAGGUUGACUUUACAGCAAAGAAAGCGUGUACUGAAAGAUCAGUAUUUUAUUUAUUGAUGAAAAUGUUUGUUACAAGUAACCAUCCUCAUUUCAAAACAUCAACAAAGAAAUUGAUUAUUAAGGUUUUGCACGACAGUGGGGUAUUUCAGUAUACCUGGAAGGAACUUGAGCUGUGGCUUGAACACUUGGAGAACACAGUAGAAGCCAAAAAGGAAGCAGUGAUUCAGUUUUUGGAAAGGGUCUUGGUGAAACUGGUGACCAGCCCCUAUCCUUACACUGAUAAGGCAGCAGAUCUUGUCCAAGAAGCCAGUAUUCUUCAGGUCAACCUGUUCAAACAAGAUGCUGAUAAUGUCAGCAUACCCAUCUCUCACAUUGAUGAUGCGCUGGAUAUGAUUGAUGUCCUUGUGGAAGGCAAUGAAGGCUUAGAUGAAGAAAUUGGAUCCACUUUAAGUGAAGAUAUGGUUGUGAGCACUUUUCCAUUCAGUGCUGUUGUACCAUGUGCUUUAGAAACCAGGAAUAAGUUGCUUCUCGAGUGUGAUGGAAGCACAAAGGAAAGUAUAGUGGACUAUCUCAUCACUGUUUGCACUGACCUGCUACAUUCUCAAAGAGACCCAUUAGCUCUUUGUUUGAUGUUUCAACUUUAUGACAGAGAACUUCAGUCUCUGAGUUCUUCUAACUACCCUCAACUCUACCAGUUCGGCCGCUACUACUGUCUUUGGAUACCACAGCAAACUAAAGAAGCUUUGUUCCAGCCACUCAGCAGUGUGUCUGAAGAUCGAUUCCCAUCACUGGAUUCAUCGUUUUCCUCCUUGUUGAAACACAGUUAUGAGAAAGGUGCUGCCUGUCUCUUGGAAGAAGGUGUGAAGGAGAAGUUGAAUGAGGCAAUUUUACAUCUCCAGCCUCAGAAGCUCUUGUUAGCCUCAAAGCAUGUCCUGUUGUACCUAAAAACCACAGUGGAAAAUUUCAGCAGUCUUUUUGUGGAUAUGGAGUCUCUGACAUCAGUGGAAACCUCAAAUGACAAGAUACUGGAUAUCUUGCUCCCUUUGGUCUUCAAACACCCUACACUGGAGAGUUGGUUCCUGGCUGUAGAACAGCAUUCUCUUCCACAUCACAAUUUAAGCCCACUUGCAGUGAAGCAUCUCUCUGCUCAUCUGAAUAACUGCAUCCUUGAGUUGCUGAGGGUGGGCUGUCCACUGUUACAAGCCAGGAAUCAACUGCUUGUGAUCUCCAGAUACUUUGAAGCUGUCACUAAAACGGUCUUGAAAGAACUGCACAAUGGGAGAAGAGGAGGAAGUAAGACAUAUUUCACAAGGUCACAGCAGCUAGAGGCUUUGCAAGAUCUGCACAUGUACAUGGACUCCCAACAGAUAGAAGAAGUCACAUUGGCUAUGCUGCAGGUUCCUAAAGCAAAUCUAGCCACCAAGAAAUCUGAAACUUCCUCUGGCAAGAAAUCAUGCCUGAGUGCUUACGGAGAGAUUCUAGUGCAGCUUCUCACUGAGAGCUACCAAAGAGGGUCCUUGAAGGGAGACUUCUUUUUUUCAAGAGAGCACAUUCAAGGGGUGGGAAUUCUUUUGUCUACAGCAGCCACAGAGGAGUUGGAGAAGGUCUUCAUGCAUGCUAUAGAGAAAGAGCCUGUCUUUGCCCAGGCAGUUGGAGUUGAUACUCAGAUUUUCUGCCUGAAUCAUGCAACAGAAACUUCCCUUUCCAUUGCUGCUUUGCUGAUUCAGUAUUGCCGGACUCAUCUGCUGCAGUUUGAGCUGUGGUGUCUGAAGCAUGGGACCGGCGAGUACUUGAGACAAAACAUGGGCUUAUUUCUGCCACUCAUCAAUAUGUAUUUGCAGUGUCAAGAGCAGCAUCGUUUUACACACCCAUCAAAAGUUUCUUCAGCUGUUCUGUGUGUUCUAAGAGAAUCUUUGUGGCCAGAACUGUUGGAAAUAUUCCUGAAUACAGAUGUGUCAAAGCCAUUGACAGAUGAGUGUCAAGUUCUUUCCAAGAUACUGCCAUCUUUACAAGUGGAAGACUUGAAAAAUCUAGUUGAAAUGUUACCUGUAGCUCUUGAUGCAGUGGGAAGUCUUGAGCACUGGGUGGCUGCAGAUGCUGUUUCAAGAGCACUGGAGAGCUCUGAAGAGAAGGUGUAUUCCUGGAAGAAACGCUUACUAGCUGUCUGUAUCAAAUGGUUAAUUCUCACUUACAGCAAUAGCAAAGAACAAGAAACUCAUUCAGAAAUGGAGACUGCCAUGCUGUCAAGGCUAGAAGAAUUACUGCAUUCAGUAACUGAAGUGGUUCCAGAGGACUGGCAUAAUUUUGUGAAGAUGGGACUCAAGUACCGUUAUAAGGACGAAGAUUUCAUGAAAACUCUAAAUGCAGCUAUAAAUUUGUUGUACCAGAAAGAAAUGUAUCUUAGUCAGAGAUUAGUCAAGCCAUCCAUUCUUUAUAUGAUGAUCACGCAACACUCUUUAUUUUUGUCAACAAUGCUGAGGUCAAGAGAAGACGCUGACAUGAAUGUUCAUACAAGAGAGGCAUUAGUGGACAUACUGUUGACUCUUGUGAAGCGCUGCCCUGAAGUGUGUGAGAGUAACCAUUUUGCUGUGCUGCUCGGGGCCUAUGGUGCAACUCUGAGUGUUGUAGACCAGAAGAUAUUGCUGCUGCUGAAGUUGUAUGAAAAGAAUGGUCUAAGUCUUGUAAAUUUCAGAAUACUACUUUGGGGUCCUGCUGCUGUGGAACAUCACAAGACAUGCAAGAGUUUGGGAAAGUCACUGUGGCAGCAGCCAAGCAUGGAAGAAAUUCUGAAUCUGCUGGACCGAGAGAUGAUGAUGAGGACUAUUCUCCAUUUCCCACAGCACCGACAUCUUCUUCUCCAAGAGGAAGAACAGAUACGACAAGGCAAAGGCAAAAACAAGGUGGAUCUUCGAGAUCUGUAUGACCCCUGUUUCCUUCUUCAGCUCUUCAGUGAAUUACUGAGACCAGAAUGUGUUGUAGGAUGUCCAAAGUUUAUUGACGUCAAUGCUUUGGGGCUAACAAUAGCAGCCCUAAGCAGUUACGACCAUAACGUGCGAGCAGCAGCAUACUAUGUCCUGGGCUCUUUUCGCUUUCACCUUGAAGGGGCUCGAUUUCGAGAACAAAAGCAGUUGCUUUACCUUAUGGAUGUGGUGCAAAAUGGAAUCAGACAACCAAAUCUCAGAUUCACUUUCCCUUUAACACUCUACAUUGCUAGAGUAGCCCAACACAUGCUGAAACCAGAGGAACAUAUGUACACAAAGCUGAACAAGUUUCUUCUUUCUCUCCAAUACUUAAAUUUGAAGAAAGUGCCGGGAUUUUUUCAGCUAUUCUAUAGUUUUGAUAUAGAGCACAAAUUGGAACGGAAAUGGGUUCUAGCAAUUAUUGGGGAAGGACUCCGAGAUAAACACUGCUAUGAGUUGUAUGAUUAUCAGAGGAUUUUCCAUGUCAUUCUUUCUUUCUUCCACAGCCCACUUUGUGAUGAAGCUACUCAGCAUCAAAUUCUGGAAAUACUACAAAAUGCUGCCUGCAUCACCAAAGCUGCCUAUGAGCUAAUAAGAGAUCAUAGCCUUUUAACAUGGCUGUUGUUUAUUCUACAGAAAAGGUUUUUAGAAAACAAGAUGUUAAACAAUAUAAUCUUCUUAGUCCAUACCCUUUGGGUUACGAAUUUAGGAGACAAACAGAAGUCACUCCAAAUGCCUUGUGGACUAGAGAAGCAGAAGUUCCUGCCUCUCCAACUUGUCAAUGAAUUUCUGCAUGUUUUAUUAAAGUUAUUGAAACACAUCCGUGCCAACUUGGAUUUUGCCCAGCUGACUCCGUUUUUCAGCCUGUUAAGCUCCAUAUUGGAAUACCGUGCGAUGGUAAUUGAAGCCUUCAAAGAAAUGGGCAGAUUCACUGUGAAUGAGCAUGUUUUGUCCAACAAAGAUAUUCUGUUGCUCCUGCACAAGUGGAGCAUAAUUGGCAAAGAUGUGAAACUUCAAGAUGAUCUGCAAACAAUUGCUCAACAGUACCAAACCAAAGAAUUGCUUAAAAAUAUUAAAGAAAAAAACAAACCACAAGUACCUUUUCGAACAUCACAACACCAGAAGAAGAAUCAGACUGAAACUGACCAAGGUCCAGCUUCUCAGGGCAGCACCUUUGAUUUAGAGGAAUGCAUAUCUCCCCUGAGAUUGGUCCUGAUGCACUGGGAACCUGUGUUUCCAGAUAUUUCAGCAGAGUGUUCACAGGAGCACAAUGGAUAUGGCAAUCCUGGUCUUGCAUGCAAGACUGUUUACUUAGUAUUCAGAUGGCUAGUGAAGUCCCUGGUUGACAGAAGCUCCCACAAACAAAAUAUACUUUUGACUUUCAAGUGGUUUAAAAGCUACGUUUUGCCAAACACCAGCACAGUACAAGAGACCAUUAUGGAUGGAGCUCUGAAAAGCGGUAUAUUUAAACUUUACCGCAGCCUCCACGAUGCCACUGAAGAGACUUCAGACCUGAAUGAUCUCUACCUGCUUAAUACUGUCAUGCUUCACCUAAUGGAUUCUCAGGGCUUGAUGGAAAAUGAAUAUCUUGGGACACUGAAAAGAUUCUGCUUCUCUGCAAUGGAAGAGAAUGACACAAAGAAAAAAGCUGCAGGCAUAUUCCUUACAUCUCUGUUUAUUGGAGAUAUUUGGCUGGGAGCACAGCAACCAAAUAUGUUUAUAACUCAUGUUAAACUGAUUUGUGGAGCAAAUGACAGAAAACAAAACGAUGAUGUUCACAAAACGGGAGAAUCUGAAGAAGCUAUCGUUUCUCUGUGCAAAGACAUUUAUUCGUACUUAAUUCUUCACAAUUCCUUUGAAGUCUUAAAUACCUGAAUCCACUUAUGAUGGUUUCUAAUCUAUCUACAUAGAGUCUAAGGGAUUUUAAUACUCCUGUACAAAAUGUAAGCUUUGAGCAACCUUAAAACAAUGCCAUAUAUUGAACAGUGCUGGAUUUUGAGAAAAUAUUUUCUAUUACAUUUUUCAUAAGGUCUCAAACUCAAAUGUUAAGGCUGUGUUAUGUAUUACUUCUGGUAAAGCAAGAUGCUUCUGUCUUAAAGCUAAUAUUGAUUGUUUCUGUAUUAAAACCAAAAUCAAAGUGGCAUGGACUAAAAAAUGAAGCAUUGGUAUAGAACACCCAAAAACUUUAAAACAAUAUUUUGGAAAUUAAGGGGCUGGGCUUUCUUACAUGUUCUGAUUGUUUCAAUAGAGUUUACGCAGAAAACUUGCAGAUGCCAGUAGGGUGCUGUUAUAGGUGAAUAUAAUUUCUCAGCAUUAUUUAAUGUGGGAACAGAGAAAAAUGUACGGACAGGAUAAUUAUUUAAUAUGAUUAUUGGCUUUAAGAAUGUGAUAUUGAACUUAUAUAUAUAUGUAUUAUAUGAUUUUAAAAUAAAAUAUGGCAAAACACAAUGUUUAAACCAGUUUUCCUUUGAUAUCACUGCAUUCAGAAAUACGGUUGUAUA